AUGUCUAUUGACGCUGCCGCUGGCGGAGCGUUAAUGAACAAACCUUACCUCGACGCUUGUGCCCUGAUAGAGGACAUGGCCCAAAACCACACCCAAUGGGGAAUAGAACGAGCGACGGUAGAGAAAAAGGAGAGCCAUGAAGGAAAGCAUGAGAUAAGUUGCAUGGACAUGGUGAAUGCUAAGAUGGACGCCCUAGCCUUGAAAGUCGAGAACAUGUCUCAAAACCCUACCACAGCAGCAGCAAUCCAAUCAAAGUGCGAACUCUGUGGAACUCAAGGACAUCAAACCAUUGACUGUAACCUUUUGAAUGACUCUAGCUCAGACCAAGUUAACUAUACCCAAGGGAACCCUUUCUCGAAUACCUACAAUCCUAGAUGUAGGAACCACCCAAAUUUCUCUUACAAAAACAAUAACCUCAUCCAAAAUUUUGGAUCUUCGAGACCCCAAGGAUUCCAAACAAAAAAACAAAACCAACCUAUGCAAGUUGUGCCACCAAGACCAAACCUUAAGGAAACCAUAGACACCUUUAUUCAAAAUCAAACUCAGCAAAAUAAGGAGUUUAUGAAUCAACACAUUCACACAAACGAGUUAGUUACUCAACUGGCAACCAAGUUUGACCAGAUGAUGACCCACACCAAAAUGCUUGAGACCCAUACUUCACAAGUGGCCCAAACCACCUCUGCACAAGUUGUACCUGAAGGACAAUUCCUUGGACAAACCCAACCUAAUCCCAAAGGAACAACAAAUUCUAUCACCUUGAGAAGUGGAACCGCUUAUGAAGGACCUAAAAAUCCUAACCUAAGCACAUCAGAAAAACCUAAGGAAGAUGCUGAACCUAAAGACCAGGUAGAGGAACCAGAGAAACCCGAAAAGCAAUCAAAACCAGAGGUAGAGAGUCGCACACCACAACCUUACAAGCCACCUAUUCCAUUUCCAAAAAGGUUGAAAAACACCAAAACAGAAAACCAAUUCCAAAAGUUCAUUAAGGUAAUAGAGAAACUCCACGUAGAAAUCCCUUUUACCGAAGCAAUAACCCAGAUACCAUCAUAUGCUAAGUUCUUGAAGGAUAUUUGUCCAACAAACGGCGACUCGAAGAUCCCAAACCUUUAG